UCUGAGUUGACUGCAUUCGUAGUAGUUCCAAUCAAAUGCUGCUUUCUUGCUGAGAUCAAGACAUGGCAUUGUAUAAGAGCUUGGGUCUGUGGCACUGCAGAGUUCAGAGAACUUUAUGAUAAUGAUCGGAACAGAGGAAGAACCUGAUGUACUGUAACAUCUUUGACAGCUUUGACAAGAGCCAAGGGAUUUGGAAAUACUUAAAAAUGUCUGCGCAAAUGACUCAGAAGAAGACGGUUCUGAUCGUGUACGCUCACCAAAGCCUGGGUUCCUUUAACCAGGCAGCGCAGGAUGUGGCUGUGAAUGUUCUGGAAGAGCAAGGCUACAGUGUCGUGGUGUCCGACCUGUAUGCCAUGAACUUCAGAGCGGCAGCCACUCGAGAAGACAUCCUAGGUGAUCUGAAGAACCCUGACCUCUUCCAGUAUGGAGACGAGACCAUGCAUGCCUGGAUGGAGGGACGCCUCAGUGAGGACAUUGUGGAGGAACAACGCAAAGUUCAAGAGGCCGAGCUUAUCAUCUUCCAGUUUCCCUUGUACUGGUUCAGUGUCCCGGCCAUCAUGAAGGGAUGGAUGGAUAGAGUGCUAGCGCAGGGGUUCGCUUUCUCAAUGGAAAAGAUGUACAACAAUGGCAUAUUCAAGGAUAAGAAAGCAAUGCUCGCUUUUAGCACAGGCGCCAGCAAGACAAUGUUCCAGCCAGAUGGAAUCAACGGAGACAUAAAUGUGACACUGUGGCCCUUACAGAAUGGCACUCUCCACUUCUGUGGAUUUCAGGUUCUGGCUCCGCAGAUAUUUUGGGGCCCCGCCCACUGCCCUGCCCCAGUGCGCACCGCGAUGCUGGACGGAUGGCGCGACAGACUCCGGGGAUUGUCCGCUGAGAGGCCUUUGACUUUUGCCCCCUGUGAGCUGUUUGACCUCAGCUUCCAAGGGGGAUUCAUGCUCCGACCAGACGCCAGAGAGGAGCUCAACUCGCGGCCACACGGCCUCACUACGGGUCACCACCUCGGGAAACCUCUGCCCCCUGACAACCAGACAGACGCUCCACCGCAGAGUGGAGCUGGUGGCCCGUCAGCCUCUAGGCCUACCAACUUCACAUCUAGAUAAUGUGAUAACAUUAAUAAUAGUAAGUCAUAGUAAGCCAUUCAAUCAGCAUUACCCAUAGUGUUUUCCAUAUUUUGUGAAGAUUAUAUAAUGUUUAUUCUGUUUGCAUUCUGUUUGUUCUUGAAAUUGUUUAUUUAGCGAAUGAUUUUCUGAUUAUUUACUUUCUUUAGAAGGCUAGUGGUAAAUUAUCUAUCAAUAAUAAACAUCAUAAUAAUAA